UUUACAUAAUCAGAUUUAGCGAGGCUUGAGUUUCUUAGGACGGACACAAGUGAUUCGGUAAUUAUCUCUCCGGCUGCUUCUCCUCUGCAACUCUUUCUCUCUCCAUCAUUCUCUCUCUAUACGAUAUCGAGGAUAUGAUGUAUUUCUCUCUCUAUAUAUGUGAAAGCGGAAUCGUCGCUCUUACUUCUCUUGAAUCCUACUCCAUCUCAAACUCCUCAAACCCUUAUUUUGCAUCCUUAAAGCUCUACACUCAUCGCACGAACCUUAUCCAUAAUCACAAUUGCGCACCCAUUUAGCCUACAAAUCGUCCGUUUUCACCACAAAAAUCAACGUCAAAUCCUUUGCAGUCCCGUCGACGGUAGCUGAUUGAUGUAAAAAUGGCCGGGUUUUAUAGCCAUUACACUUAUCAUCAGUUCCAGACCUCAAAUCCGAAGUAAUCUCUAUGAGAGCAGGAGAUCGAGAUAAAAGUCGUGGAUUUCGGUGCACGAGAGGCUAUUUUCACGCCAUAAAGUUCUCACAUUUACAUUAUCAUCCUAAUGCUUGUAAUGAUUGCCUAUAUUGGAUCAUAUAAUAUGAUUUUUGGGGCUUAUUCCUGUGCAUUCUCCAUAAAUUCUUCCAAUCAUCGAUAAAAUAGCCGAUUUCUUUACACGAUACGCUAUUCUCAAAGCUUCAGGGGAAGGGAAUCCCCUAAGCUUUCUCUGCAACUUCCAUGGCGGAUUUUCUCGGAUCAAACGUACGUGUAUCAGAUAUCAGAAAGUGGAUUUCUACUCAAUUCUCCUCAUAUAAGGCAUGGUUUGCGGCUCUCUGGUUUCUAGUGUUUUUAUCAUUGUUCAUAUGGCAAAAAAGCUCUGUAGAGGGCAUUCUAGCUUCAAGGAGAGUUCCUUCAAGGCCGCUCCCAAAAUUAAGACCGGUGGCCUAUAAUCUGAGCGAUUUUGGAGGUGUAGGUGAUGGCGUCACUGUAAAUACCAAGGCUUUUGAGAAAGCCAUUGAAGCUAUCUCGAAGCUCCGGAGCAGUGGUGGUGGUCAACUUAAUGUGGAGAGUGGGAGGUGGCUCACUGCUCCAUUUAACCUAACCAGUCAUAUGACCCUAUUUCUUGCUGAAGAUGCUGUGAUUCUAGGGAUUGAGGACGAGAGGUAUUGGCCGUUGAUGCCGCCCUUGCCCUCUUAUGGAUAUGGGAGAGAGCAUCCUGGCCCUCGAUAUGGCAGUCUGAUUCAUGGUCAAAAUCUCAAGGAUGUUGUGAUAACUGGACAUAAUGGCACCAUAGAUGGGCAGGGCCCAGCAUGGUGGAGGAAGUAUCGUAAGAAGCUCCUCAACCACACAAGAGGACCACUUAUACAACUUAUGUGGUCAAGCGACGUUAAGAUAUCAAACGUAACCCUACAGAAUUCGCCGUUUUGGACAUUCCACCCCUAUGAUUGCAAGAAUGUGGUUGUAUCUGGCAUUACCAUCUUAGCACCACUCUUUGAAGCGCCCAAUACGGAUGGAAUUGAUCCUGACUCAUGUGAGAACAUGUUGAUCGAAAACUCUUACAUUAGUGUUGGGGAUGAUGGUAUAGCCAUCAAGAGCGGCUGGGACCAGUAUGGAAUAGCCUAUGGCCGACCGUCCGUUAACAUUACCAUCCGAAACGUUGUCCUAAGAUCAAUGGUGAGCGCAGGGGUAUCUAUCGGCAGUGAGAUGUCGGGGGGUGUUUCGGACGUUUUAGUGGAGAAUGCCCUCAUAUGGAACUCGAGGCGUGCUGUGCGCAUCAAGACUGCCCCUGGCCGUGGGGGCUACGUGCGUAACAUCUUGUACCACAACCUCACCUUUGACAACCUUCGUGUUGGCAUUGUCAUAAAGACCGACUACAAUGAGCAUCCGGACUCUGGCUAUGACCCGAUGGCAAGACCCGCCCUUGAGAACAUCACGUUUGCUGGGAUCCAUGGACAAUUGGUUAGGGUCCCUGUUAGAAUCGAGGGUAGUGAUGAGAUCCCAGUAAAAAAUGUGGAGUUUCGUGAUUUAUCAGUGGGGUUGUCAUAUAAGAAGAAGCAUGUGUUUCAGUGCUCGCAUGUGAGUGGGAGGGUGAUAGGGUCAGUCUUCCCAGCCCCAUGCAUGAACCUUGACUUGUAUGAUGAGGCGGGGAGGCUCGUGAGGCAGUCGGUCUCAUCAAAUGCUUCUGAUAUCGACUAUGACUUCUAGCCUUCUUUGGGGGAGUCGAGGCACUCGUUCUCUCUCCCACACUUUCUUUCUUCUUUUUUAACAGUUGUUUGCCUCUCCCUUCUCUCUCUAUAGUUCUUUUUUAUUAUUGUUUCUUGUAGAAAUGCAUUUUUUUAUUCAUAGGAAUUUUGGUUCCUCAGUC